AAGGGGAUAUUAGCCUGUUUCGCAGGACACUGGAUAGUCCUAAUAACUUCCUUAUAGUUGAUGCGCAAGCUUUGACAUUUAAAUAUAAGGCCUAUAUGAUCCUGCUCACGUCGCCGAAAGUGGAAAGAUUUAAUGAGGCUGUCAAAUGGCCGGGUUUUACUCAAUACUUCAUGCCAAUUUGGGAUCAUGAGGAAAUCAUCACGCUUUGGGAUCUUCAAUACAAGAAUAAGAAAAAUGAAGAAGGUGAAGAGUUCACACUUGAAUUAGUCGGGGAAUUGUUAGACAAGUGGGGUCCAAUACCCAGCUCAGGAUACUUAGGUUUAGCACCAGGUCUUUGUAUUGCCACUAUUGUUGCAGCUCUUGUUGCUGCCGUUGCUCUUGUAGCAGCUCUUGUUGCUACCAUUGCCCUUGUAGCUCUUGUUGCUACUACUGUUGCUCUUGUAGCUCUUGUUGCUACUUCUGUCUUUGCAGCUCUUUCUUGCGCCAUUAGCAGUAGGCUUGUACAUCUUGACCCAGUUUCAAAAUUUACGAGUACAGUAUAUUGUUUUGCUUCUCCGAGGGUGUUUGAUAGGGUUAUUCAAGAAUAUGAAAUUAGAACAAAGAGGAACGCUCGUGAUUUAAUCAUGAACAGUCACGAAUUUCUGAAGAUUGCCGGAUUUCAGGGAAAUAUGUUUGAAGAUUUUGCCUAUAGGGAGUUGCAAAAUGGUGCACAUAAGGAAUAUUAUAACAGACCAAAAUCAAAGACAUUUGCAUCGAUUGAUUCUUUUAGCCUCGAUAGCAAAACCUUGGACCUGUAUCAAAUUACUGUCUCAACAAAUCAUGGCAUGAAGAUAAAAGGGCUUAAUGACCUUGACUGUCUACUUGCAUGGAGAAAGGAUAUGAAUAACUUUAAUUUAUACUUUGUCGUACCACCAGACAUUUUUGGAACAUUUCCCCUACAAAGAUACAAGACAACUAAAGACAAAGAUUGUCAGAAAAUUCUGGGAUGGAUUAACAAUAUAACCCAAUAUGCACUAGAGAUUAACUUGGGAAUUAGUAAUAAAGGCGUGAAAAAACAAUCUAGUGAUGCGAUGUCAGGAGAUGAUGAAAAUGAGGAAACGACAGGGAAGGGAAUGAAUAAAGAU